GGCGCACUCUGGGCAGAGGGCGGAGAGAAGCAGCAGCUGCGAGUCGGGCAGCGGCUCAUUCAUUGCAGCAGCAGCAGCAGCAGCAGCGAGGAGCCGGCGAAGCGCGUCGCAGCAGCAGCAGCAGCAGCAGCAGCAGCGAGGAGCCGCCCAGGCACAGCCGAGUCCUGCAAGGCUGCAUUGGCUUGCGGCGCAGAGAGCAUUCCUGUCGCUCUUGGGUCUUCAUGAAGAAGCGUUUUGGUGGCCAAGAGGGAAGAACUCCUCCUUGAAACCCUAACCCCAGCGAUGCCCUGGAACGUCAAAUGGCUGAACAGCUACAGCGGCCACGGCUCCCAGGCCCAGAAGCAAUGCAAGAAGUCCUCCUUUGCCUUCUAUCAAGCCGUGAGGGACCAGCUGCCUGUGUGGCUCUUGGAGGACAUGAGGCGCAUGGAGGCCUUCCACUGGCAAGAAGGGGGCACGGUCAGCACCUACUCCCCUUCUGAGGCCCUCCUCUACGCCCUGGUGCACAACCACCAGCCUUAUACCCGUUACCUCCUGAGCAAAUUCCCUCAGACUGCCCUGGCAAUCCCCAGCCUGCACUUCAGCUGCUGCCAUUCGUCAGCGCCUCACUUGGCCAUGGCCGUCCGGUACAACCGCAUCCACAUCCUUUUAGAGAUCCUGAAGGCCAUCCGAGACUUCCCGGUAAGCGAUCGAGCCGCCUACUUGGACCGCAGAGGGUGCAGCCGGGUGGAAGGCGGCAAGACUGCCCUCCAUGUGGCCUGCGAACUGGCAAGGCCUGAGUGCUUGCUUCUGUUGCUGGGCCACGGAGCCUCGCCUUGCCUUAGUGACUGCGCCGGAAACACCCCUUUGGACCUCCUUCUGCAGCAGAUCUGGGAGAGCCCAGCAUCAAACCUGCGCACCAGGCUCCUCCUCCUGGACUCCCUCUUCCUCUUUAUGCCGCUGGGCUUCCAUUUCCCCAUGAAACAGCAGCUGCUGGAUGACCGACAGCAGUGGCAGGAACUUUUGGGUAAGAACAGGUUCCAGUGGCUGGCUGGCUUAGCCCCUUCCUCCCUCUUCGUCCGAUCCAUGCAAGUCUUAAUUGGGACCAUUGCGCCAGAUCAGUUCCCAGAGGCCCUGGAUGAUCUGCCUUUGCCACACUUCCUGAAGCCUUUGGACCUGAAACUGAAGAGUUAAAAGAACCCCCAGCGCUAGGGACUUCUUCCCCCUCUCUCCACUCUGCGGUUCCUGCUUGUGUGAUGAAAAUAGGUUUUGACUGUUGUGCGGAGAGCCCAUGUGUUUAAUAUAUGAAAUUUGCGUGGGAGAGGGAGAAGUGUUUGUUUUAAUUAGAACUUGUUUUUAAAAAGAC